UUCACAUAGCCGACCACUAUAUCUAUAUAGUCUUCCAUACAUGGUGUAACUGUUGAGUUGAGUGUGUAUACCAUGGUACCAUCGUAUAGCUUCUUCUUCUUUUUUUGAAGUGGAUAUUGUCGACACUGUUGUCUAUUCCUUCUACAUGAUACAACCGCACCAUAUUCGUUUUUAUCUUAUUUUAUAGAAAAAAAAAACUUAUUUUCCAAUUGAAUAGCGCAUUGCUCUUCUCCCCAAGAAGAAGUGUAUUUUCGGUUGUUUUUCCGUUAUAUUUCUUUAACUUUUUCAAGUGUUUGCGUUAUUUUUUGUUUUUCUUUUCGAUUUUUUGUAAAUAAAUACAAAAGUGGCUCUGGUUUUGAAUUUGAUUCAAAAGUUUUUGAAUUUAAUGUUAUUAUUCAUCGCCGCAAAUUAGCCCACCCCAUCCGAAUAAAAGCGAAAAAUGAAUAAAAAUGCUCUGUUCUGGCUAAUUGUAAUUGGAUGUUCAUUGGGUGUAUCGAUGGGUAUGGUGUCGGAAAAUGAAAAUAAAACAUCAACGGCUGUGACGGCCGAUUAUGGAACGAGAAAAUUGUCAAGACAUAAAAGAUAUAUGGCCUUUCCCGAGGGAUCAUCACUUUCGGUCGCCUUUUGUGCUACAGUGGGCUAUGUGGGAAAUCCUCAAUUCAUUUACUUCAGUUGGGGUGUUAAUUGGGGUGUAGCAUAUGAAUUGCCGAAUCAGACAUGGAUUAUAAAUCAUCGAGAUGAAAUUAGAGAAAAACAUAAGGCACAAUUGCAGCGACGGCACCGAAGAGAAUUGUAUCAUAAAAUGGAAUUGGCGAUUGAUAAAAUGGGCUACAACGGCAAACACUGUAUAUUACGUGCAUUGUGUGAAAGUACACAAUAUUUCUACCGUAAGGGAUCGAAUAUGGUGGAAGAAUUGAUUCGAACGGUGUUUUCGUUGCCAACGUCAAAGGUAUUGCCGUUUGAACAUAAUUCAAUUCUGGAAUACGAUUUAGCUCAUCGCAAAGGUAGAGAUGAAAUACAUUGUCCGCUGGCGUAUCCGUGUUCGUUUUCGUUGAUUGAAUUGGCAUUAGGAGCGUAUUCGGAUCCAUUAAAAUUUAUGUGAAA